AUGGCGCCGCUCCGCGUGCUCGAGCUCUACAGCGGCAUCGGCGGGAUGCACCAAGCCUUGAAAGAUAGCUGUGUGUCUGCAGAAGUUGUUGCUGCUGUUGAUGUGAACACUCUUGCCAAUGAGGUUUAUAAACACAACUUUCCCAGCACGCCACUAUGGGCAAAAACAAUUGAGGGCAUAACACUGAAAGAAUUUGACAGAUUAUCUUUUGAUAUGAUUUUGAUGAGUCCUCCCUGUCAGCCAUUUACAAGAAUUGGUCUGCAGGGUGAUGUAUCUGAUCCACGGACAAAGAGUUUUCUCUAUAUCCUUGAUAUUCUGCCAAGACUCCAGAAGCUUCCGAAAUACAUUCUCUUGGAAAAUGUUAAAGGAUUUGAAUCUUCUUCUGCAAGACAUGAGCUUUUGCAAACACUACAAACAUGUGGAUUUAAGUAUCAAGAAUUUCUCUUGUCUCCAACCUGUCUUGGCAUUCCUAAUUCUAGGCUGCGCUAUUUUCUCAUUGCAAAGCUUCACCCAACACCAUUUUCCUUCCCGUCUCCUGGGGAGGUAUUGACAAGGUUUCCAGAUGAAGAUCUGAAAGAAUUACUGAAGGACAAAGUUGCUGACAGCCUGGAUGAAGCAAGUUCUUCCUUGCUUUGUAAAGAGAAGAAUUUGGAUCCAAGCACUGGUCCUGACUGCAGCAGCAAGAAGAACGUAGCAAAAGGGGCCUUUCUUUUUAAGCUUGAAACAGCAGAAGAAAUGGAAAGGAAGUGUAGCCAGGACAAUGAUUCCUCUGUUCAAGUGCUAAAAGAUUUUCUGGAAGAGGAUAAUGAAGGAAUGAGUCAGUACUUCUUACCACCAAAGGCCUUACUGCGCUAUGCUCUCUUGUUAGACAUUGUGAAGCCCACCUCUCGGAGAUCCACAUGCUUCACAAAAGGGUAUGGACACUAUGUAGAAGGCACAGGCUCRGUUCUACAGACAGCAGAAGAUGUACAGCUUGAGUCAGUGUUUAAAUGCAUUGAGAUGAUACCAGAAGAAGAGAAGCUUAUGAAGCUGUCAACAUUAAAACUGAGGUACUUUACCCCAAGAGAAAUAGCAAAUCUCCAUGGAUUCCCUCCAGAAUUUGGCUUCCCUGAYAAAGUUACAAUAAAGCAACGUUACCGUCUGCUGGGAAACAGCCUGAACGUGCACGUGGUGGCAAAACUCAUCUCCUUUCUGCUCGGAGACCGUGGAAGCUGAACCUGAGGAGUGCGGCUGCUGACAGAAAAUACCUUCAUCUUUAACAGAAAGCUGAUAGUGGCUGAACUAAAAUCAUAGCUCAGAAAAAUACUGGUCCAGGUAUUUUGGACUGAACAGUUUUAUGUAUUUUUAAAACUGUAUUUAUGGUGGAUUUGCACUGUACAGAUGUUUUACUUAAAUGGAUAUUUCUAGAACUUAAUUACUCUAUUUAAAUGUUUGCAAAAUGAAAAAUGGAGUAUUUAUACAUCUGUUAAUGAAAAUAGGCAAAAUUUGUAUUUUAUCUUAAAGUGAACUUCUUAAUGCGAUAUAAAAAGACUGUAAAUGUCAAAGCUGUUCUAGUUAAGUGCAGAGAUCAAGUUCCACAAGGAAGAUGUCUUCUUCAUCUGUAAUUAUGUGAUCCAUUCCUAAAAGAAUUAUUGUAUAUGAAGUCUGAAAUUCUCACGUGUUUUUGUAGCUAAUGAAACUAUUGAAUGUGGUAUUUUGUAUAUGAAUUUUAAUGCAUUUAUGUUUGUCUGAUCCUAUCCAGAUACUCGUAGGUUUCUUCAGUCCAACUGUGUC